UUUCAAUCUUCUCUCCCUCACUUCUGAUCACACACUCUCUCUUUCCUCCAUUUCGUUUUCUCUCUCUAAAAUCUCAAACUUCUCUCUAAGAUUUGAGCUAGCUAAGGAAGAUUUAGGUGGGGAACAAAAAGGAAAAUUGUUCUACUCUUCAAGAUCUACAUUUCUCAACUGGUCUUACAUGUAUUUUGGGAAUUUCGAGCUUGGGAGUUAAAGGCUUUGGGUUGCAUUCUUGAGGUGGUUCUAUGUUGCAACUGGAAAGGAAGCUGGCCUUUUAGCUGUCGGUUUCAACUAUAGAUUACAUUUACCUGCCAAGAAGUGGGUAUGGAACAUGCAUGAAAGAAGUGGAAAAUAAGACCUUAAGGUGUGAGAUGAUAAAAUCUUGCUGGAUGAAUUUCCUAUUGUCACAUAUAGAAUAAUAGGUUACCUUCUUCUUGGUGUUGUGAGGAUAUACGCAAAGAAAGUUGAGUAUUUGUUCCAUGACUGUCAUGAUAUCCUGAUUAAAAUCAAUGAUUUUGCGGGUAUUAAAAAAGGUAGUGUGCAUUUGGAAGCAAUGUGCACACCUUAUGUCUCUAUUACCUUACCAGAGAGCUUUGAACUUGAUGCUUUUGAUCUGGAGAUCUUGGAAGAUGUAAGCGGAGGCAAUGUGAUAGCUCAUGAGGAGAUCAUGCUUAAAGAAAGAGAUGCAUGGAAAAAUGAGGUAAUUGGGAAUCAUUCAUUUGACAAGUAUCACUGUGAGGAGGCUGCUGCGCGUUUUGGAACUUCCUCAACAAGUUACACUCUGGUUAGAGAUUUUCAUUUACCUGACUUUUUGGACAAUGAUCUAUUGGCAAGUCCAUUACAUGAUAUGAGCAACUUGGAAGCAAGCCUGGAAAAACUUCGAGGUGAUAAGUCCUAUCUAGAAGAACGCCUGGACCCUAUGAUGCUUGAUGAGGCUGAGGACGACUUAGAAUUUGUUAGAUCAUUUGGUGAAGCGCAUCAUACUGCCGGAGAGCAGAUAAAGUUUCCGGACACUGAUACAUUUUUUUCGGCUGAUAAAGAAUAUCCGGAUCCAGAACUCACUAGAUUAUUUGAUCAAGAGAAACAUAUGGAUUUGGAGCAGAUAAAGUUUCCAGUAAUGACAAACCCAGUAAGCGAAAAGCAUCAGAUUACUACAGAAGACCAUCCAGUAUCCAUUACCUUUGAUGUAACCCCUGAGUCCAAGUUCCGGGAUGCUUCAGGUGUUACUACACCAGAGUUUAUAGCUGUGCGAACUCCAGCUACUAAGGAGCGUACCAGGAUUUCAAGGAAAAGAAAAUGUUUCUUUGAUGACAUCAUCGUCAUACCUAAUCGGAUGCUCAAGCAACAAAUUGAUAACUCAAGUGACUUAGUAUGUAAGCGAAGAAAAGCUCCUCAUACUGCUUUUCAUGCCUGGAAAGCCAGUCAAUUUUCCAAUCUCCCUCAGAGUUUCCUGGAGCCUUUGAUCCUUGGUACUUCACUAGAGCUUAGAUCUCUCUUCUUUAAUAAGAAAUUAAAGUGCCCAGAGACCGUUAAAACUGUGGAAUCUCCUGAAAAAAUAGAUUUAUUAGGGUCCCAAACUGUUCAUAGAUCUCCAGAACGAACAGCAACUGCUCCUUCAACGCCUGAUGUCGUCGUGGAACCUCCUGGAAAUUUAGAUCUAUCAGGACCCCCAACUGUUUACAGAUUUCCAGAUCAAACAGAUAUAGCUCCUUCAACACCUGUUACCCACUCAACUUCAUUGAGACUACAUGAGGUCCCCGAAAUUAGUAACUCAGAUAAAGUGGGACCGGCGAACUCUUUUGAAAGUGUGCUGAAAGGGCUGUCUCUAAGUGACGAUCAAGAACUGGAUAUCAGCUUGUUGAGUGAGGAGAUAAAUUCAUGCGAAGGAGAUUAUCAGGAAACACGUGGAUGGUCAGAGAGAACCAGAAUAAUAGCAGGGUAUCUGCACAAAAACUUUCUCAAUGGGAAGAAACAAAGUGGGAAACACGCCAUGAACUUGUUGCUGGUUCUGAAAGGAAAAAACAAGAAAGAAAGUGCAAGGCUAUUCUAUGAAAUACUGGUUCUGAAAACUGGAGGGUAUGUAGAUGUGAAGCAGGACAAUGGCUAUGGUAACAUUCUUGUGCGGGAAACUGCAAAGUUGAAGCAGGCUUGUGAAGCUGAUUGUAUCCAAGCUAUUUGGCAUUAGAAGCUGCAAGCUCUCCUUGUAUUUAAUGAAUAGAGAGAUAUGGUACAGUUGCUAUAUAUAUAUAUGCGUGUUAAAAAGUUAGGUUAGGUGGGGUAAAUAUGAUUUCUCGACUGAGAUCAUUUAUAUACUACUAGACAUGUUUAGCGUAUGCAACUUUUUUUGGAUAAUUAAUAGCGUAUAUAACUCUAGUCCCAAUGAAGAAGAAAAUGUGCAGUUUAGACGGAUUUGGUUAUUUCAAAUUUGAUUAGAGAUCAUUUAUACACUGCAAGACAAGUUUCGGGUAUGUAAAUACUUAGUCGUCCCAGUGAAGAAGAAAAUGUGUAGUUGAGGCUGAAUCAGUUAUUUCAAAUUUGAUUAUUUUUAACAUGCUGAUA